AUGAUCAACUCAACUCCAUCAAAAACUAAAAUCAAUCCUCCAAGUUAUCCAUCAUCAAUUAGCAUCUCACACCAACUAAUGUUCAGAACUAGAUUAUUCUUCCGUCCUUGGUUGAAAAGAACCUAUGCAACUUACAAGAGGUUUGACAAUACCACCUCAUCGUUCACUACUUCGUAUGCUCAUAUUUUAACCAGUAGGAAAACUUUAUACGUUGGAGGAGGCUUAUUGGGAUUCUAUAUUUAUAACCUACAUGCAGCUCCCUUCACUGGUCGUCGUCGAUUCAUCUGGGUUCCAUACUGGUUAGAAAACAAAAUUGGAGAUUAUUCAUACUAUCAAAUUUACAACCAAUACAAACUGAUGAUAUUGCCUCAUUCAAAUCCAUUAUAUACUCGUGUAUCCAACAUCAUGAAUAAGUUAUUAAGUGUUGCUUUGACGGAUAAUAUCAAUGAUGAUAUAAGCCAAAGAUUUUUAAAGCAUUUGAAAAGUUUGAAUUGGGAAAUUAAUAUCAUUCAGAAUAAUAACUUGCCACCAAAUGCAUUUAUCCUACCAAAUGGGAAAAUCUUCAUCUUUAGUUCAAUUUUACCAAUUUGUGAAAAUGAUGAUGGGUUGGCUACAGUCUUAGCGCAUGAAUUAUCUCAUCAAUUAGCUCAACAUUCAAGUGAACAAUUACUGAAACAACCUAUAUACUUGGUCUUGUCAACUAUAUUAUAUAGUAUAACAGGUAUUUCAUGGUUUAAUGAUUUAUUAAUUAAUGGGGUAUUGACUAUGCCAGCAUCAAGAGAAAUGGAAUCCGAAGCUGAUCAUAUUGGUUGUGAAUUAUUAGCGAAAGCUUGUUUCCAUCCUGAACAAGCCAUCAAUUUCUGGCAAAGAAUGAGUCAAGCUGAAAAGAGAUUAACUGGUAGAACUGUUGCUGGAAUGGAAUCAAUCCAAACUUGGGAAUUUUUUUCUACACAUCCUGCUACAAGUAAAAGAAUUGCUGAUAUUCAAAAAUGGAUGCCUCGCUUGUUACAAAUUAGAGAAUCAUCUGGAUGUUAUGAAUAUGGGAAAUUCCAUAAUUUCAAUCAAAGUUAUUUUAAACGUUUCUAG